CCAGCUCCUCAUAAGAAACUGCUUCAUGCAGACAGCCUAGUUUGGUGAGUGAAUUCUGAUCGUGAUGGCCCCUGCUUUUCUUCACCACUGAAACCAAGAGUCUUCUCUGGAAGCUGAAGGUCGAAUUUCCUCUGGGGAAGUGAGAAGAUCCUUUAUGUAUUCAUCAAAUGUUAUGUUCCCUGUGCUAGGCAUUAGGGAUACAGCAGUGAAUAAAAACAAGUGCCUAAUCUACAUUUUUGGAGUAGGAUACUUCAAGAAAGGUAUCAUAUAUUAUGCAGUGAUAAUAAGAAAAAAAUGAAUCCUUAAGCAAGAAGAGCUCCAGAAGUUUGGACAGGAGGAAGCCAGGGAGCAGCUGCUAUGGCUUUAAAUACUGUGGUGAACCUACAGGAAGACUUAUCCUGUCCCAUCUGCCGGGAGCUUUUAACAGAACCCCUAAGUCUAGGCUGUGGUCACAGCUUCUGCCAGACGUGCAUCACUGACAACAAGGAGACAGAUACCAGCCUAGGAGGGGACAGCAGCUGUCCUGUGUGUGGUACCCAGUACUUGCUUGGAAACCUAUGGCCUAAUCAGCAUCUGGCCAACAUAGUGAAGAGACUCAGAAUGGUCAAGUUGAGCCCAGAGGAGGGGCAGAAGACAGGUCUCUGUGUGCACCAUAAAGAGAAACUCCUACUCUUCUGUAAGGAAGAUAGAAAAGUCAUCUGUCGACUUUGUGAACGAUCUGAGGAGCACCACGGUCACCACACAUUCCUCAUGGAAGAGGCAGUCAAGGAAAGUCAGGAGAUGCUCCAGGCAGCUCUGAUGAGGCUGAGGAAGGAGCAGCAGAAGGCUGAGAAGUUGGAAGCUGACAUCAGAGAAGAGAGAACUUCCUGGAAGUAUCAGACUCAGACUGAGAGACAAAGGAUACAAACAGAGUUUAAUCAGCUUAGAAGCAUCCUGGACAGUGAGGAGCAAAGAGAAUUGCAGAAAUUGGAGGAAGAGGAGAAGAAGACCCUGGAUAGCUUGGCUGUGGCUGAGGCUGAGCUGGUUCAGCAGGGCCAGGUGCUGAAGGAGCUCAUCUCAGAUCUGGAGCGCCGCAGUGAAUGGUCAACUGUGGAGCUGCUGCAGGACAUGAGUGGAGUCAUGAAAUGGAGUAAGAUCUGGACACUGAAGAAGCCAAAAACGGUUCCCAAGACACUGAAGAAUGUAUUCCGGGUUCCAGAUCUGCGUGGAAUGCUGCACAUGUUUAAAGAGCUAACACGCGUCCAGUGCCACUGGGUGGACAUCACAUUGAAUCCCCUCAACCUAAAUUUGAAUCUUGUCCUUUCAGAAGAUCAGAGACAAGUACUAUCUGUGCCAAUAUGGCCUUUUAAGAAUUAUAAUUAUGGUAUCUUGGGCUCCCAAUAUUUCUCAUCAGGGAAACACUACUGGGAAAUAGAUGUAUCCAAGAAGACUGCCUGGAUCCUAGGGGUAUACUGUAGAAUACGUUCCUGUAAUAUAAAGUUUGCUGUUCAACAAAGCACGAAUUAUGAAAAUGCUUACUCCAUAUACAAACCUCAAUUUGGCUACUGGGUUAUAGGGUUAAAGGACAAAUUUAGGUAUGAAGCCUUUGAGGACUCUUCCACUGCUCAUCCUGACUCAAGAGUCUUGACUCUUUCCAUGACUGUUCCUCCCCGUCAUGUUGGUGUUUUUCUAGACUAUGAAGCAGGCACUGUCUCAUUUUUCAAUGUCACAAACCAUGGGUCACUCAUCUAUAAGUUCUCUAAGUGCAACUUUUCUCGGAAUGCCUAUCCAUAUUUCAAUCCUUGGGACUGUCCGGCUCCCAUGACACUGUGCCCUCCAAGUUCCUGAAACUUCUGUUCCCUCUCCCACUUCUGAUAGUGACCCUUGCCUUAGAUUUCAUCUGCUGUACCUGAGCCCAUCUGUGCCAUUCACACCAUCUCUUCCUUCCAGUCUCCCAUCUCUACUUUAGAACUUGUGCUCAUCUUUGGGAUGCAGAGUGAAUCUGCUUUGAGUUAGCAGACAUGCUUAUUUACCCAUUGACUCUCUUUUGUAUUCUCAAAGAGAGACCUCUAAUCCCUUCUAAAGACAAAACAGUAAUGGUAUAACAUCUUUGCCCUCAUAAUCCUCCAUAUAUUUCUUUUUUGAUCACCAACAUAAAGAAACAUGGCAAAACCUGUCUGCCACCAUCUAUGAUAUCCAGGACAAUCUACAAUCACUCCCCACCCACUACCAUCAACUAUUUGAGUGAAUGUCUGUUGCCCAGGACACACUCAGUUCAUCAAAGGGUCAUGGAAAGGAAAACACAAACAAUAUCUGUACACAGAAUAACAAUUUUAUGUUCAGAGUGUUGGAGUUCUAAUCCUCUCUUGACUUUUACAAGGUGUGUAAUGAUGAAAAAAUUCUGAGCUUCUUUUACUUAAAUACAAACUAGGGUUUAAAACUGUGCCUUAACUUUUAAGAUCAUUGUGUAAAACUAAAUGUCAGUGUAAAACAACUAUUUAACUGUCCUGCAUAAUGUAAUAAAGAUUUGCUCUGUGAUUGCUGAAAAGUA